AUGGUCACGGCUUCUCCUGAACAAUUCAUGAAGACCUCCGGUUCGACCGACCCCGUCUGGGUCCAUACCGAGCCUUACAGCAACCGUCCUCAUUACCCUAGCCUCAACCAGGAUCUCGAAACGGAUGUCUGUGUCAUCGGCAGUGGUAUCGCAGGUAUCUCAAGUGCCUACGAACUUGUCAAGAAGGGCGUUCAGGUUGUUAUGAUCGAAGCCCGUGAUAUCCUUUCUGGAGAAACUGGACGCACCUCUGGUCAUUUGGCCAGCGAUAUUGACGAUGGCUACACUGAGAUCAAGUCCAAGCAUGGUGAUAAGGGUGCCGUCAUGCACUUCGAGAGUCAUGACUGGGCCAUCAAGCGUGUUGGUGAAAUCUCGAAAGAAUUGGGCAUUGAGUGCGAGUACCGUACCCUUCCUGGCUACAACGUCUCACAAUACCCUCGCGGCGAUAAGCACCACGAAGACGACGUCAAGAUGUUGAAGGAAGAGGUCGCUUACUCCAAGACACUCGGCAUGGAUGCGGAGUGGAAAGAAGGCUACGCCAUCAAGGGCUGGACUGGCCAGGUUGAUCAACGUGACGCUGCCGUCUUUUAUAACCAGGGUACUUUCCACCCGACCAAGUACCUUCUUGGCGUCCUGAAGUGGCUCUCACAACAACCUAACUUCAGCUGCUACACACGUACCAGAAUGUUGCAGUGUCAGGAGAAGGGCAUUGAGGUGAUGGGCUUCGGAUCAAAGGAGGUCAAGGUCUCCACCGAGGCGGGCAAUACCAUCAGCUGCAAAGACGUUGUCAUGGCUACAUGUGUGCCUCUUCAGAAGCUCAGUGUUGUCGCCGAGAUGGAGUACCACCGAACCUACUGUAUCGCCGUGCGCAUCCCCAAGGGCUCGUACGAGGACGCUCUCAUCUACGACACCGCCGAGGCCUACAAGUACAUCAGAUUCACCGAGUGCGAUGAGAAAGACGACUACUUAGUGAUCGGAGGCUGUGACCACAAAGUUGGUCAGCACGAAAACGAGAAGGAGAACUACGAGGAACUCGAGAGAUGGACACGCGAACGCUUCACCCAGGUUGGAACCACCGAUUACAAGUGGAGUGGUCAGAUCUUCGAGCCCGUCGACGCUGUCGCUUUCAUCGGUCUUGAUCCUGGUACCAAGCACACAUACAUCGUUACCGGUGACAGUGGAAACGGAUUGACCCACGGUGUCAUGGCUGGUCGCAUCAUCGCAGAUCAUAUCACUGGCCAGGAGAAUGCAUGGGCUUCCCUGUAUGAUCCCUCGCGCAAGGCCAGCAUCGUCAAGUCGGCAAAGGAGAUGGUCACACACGACCUCCAGAUCAACAGCCAGUACAAGCGUAUGUUGCAGUCAGACAUCAAUGAUAUCGAGGACUUGCUUCCCGGCACUGGGGGUGUGCUCAACUCGAAGACUAGCAAGCCGAUUGCUGUAUACAAGACCGAGAGCGGAGAAGUUCGCAAGAUGUCGGCGCUCUGCCCUCACAUGAAGGGAGUCGUCUGCUGGAAUCACGCAGAGGCUAGCUUCGAUUGUCCUGUGCAUGCAUCUCGCUUCUCCAGUGAUGGUGUUUGUGUUAUGGGUCCGGCUAAAGGAAAUCUGAGCCCUGAGAACGAGGAGGCCAAGAGAGCUCUGCAGCAAGCAAUUCAAGGUUGA